AUGAAGCCAGCUCAACUCCCUGUUUUCCGAAGGAAGCCUUUUGUAGCGGCCUGGAACGCGCCGACGGAUCAUUGCUCCAUCCGAUACAACAUAACGAUUAACCUGAAAAUGUUCCACGUGACUGGAAGCCCGUUUGCCAAAGCGAGAGGCCAGAACGUGACGAUAUUUUAUGUCAACAGGCUAGGAUAUUAUCCGUGGUACACUCCACAGGAAAUCCCAGUCAAUGGCGGCCUCCCUCAGAAUUUCAGCUUGCAAAUGCAUCUGGAAAAAGCUCUCCAAGACAUUGACUACUACAUUCCCGAUAAAGAUUUCACUGGGCUAGCAGUCAUAGACUGGGAACACUGGAGGCCGCAAUGGGACCGCAACUGGAAUACAAAGGAUAUUUACAGGAGGCAGUCGAGAAAACUAAUUUCCGAAAUGCACGAAAAUGUUUCGGCAAAUGCCGUUGAGCGUCUAGCUAAGCUUUCCUUUGAGCAAUGUGCUAAGGCUUUCAUGAAAGAGACAAUUGAGCUGGGGAUUAAAAGUAGGCCCAAGGGCCUUUGGGGAUACUACUUGUAUCCUGACUGCCACAAUUACAAUUUCCAUGACCAGAACUAUAGUGGCUCCUGUCCAGAAAAUGAGGUUUUGAGGAACAACGAACUGUCGUGGCUGUGGAACAGCAGCGCAGCCCUGUAUCCUUCCAUUGGCAUUAAGAAAUGCCUUGGAAACAGUGAUAAUAUCUUACGCUUUUCACAGUUUAGGGUGAACGAAUCUAUGAGGAUUUCCAUGAUGACAUCACAUGGUUAUGCUCUCCCAGUAUUUGUAUAUACCCGACUAGACUAUAGGGAUGAACCUUUGCUAUUUCUUUCCAAGGUAAGCUAUUUGGGGGGAAAGUAGCAACUGCUAUGUUAGACCUUAUACUAAGUUUAGUAUAAGGUAAAAUAAAAAGGUAAAGGACCCUUGGGCGGUUAAAUCCAGUCAAAAGCGAUUAUGGGGUUGCAGCACCCAUCUCGCUUUCAGGCCGAGGAAGCCGACAUUUGUCCGCAGACAGCUUUCUGGGUCAUGUGGCCAGCAUGACUAAACCGCUUCUGGCGCAAUGGAACACUGUGAUGGGAACCAGAGCGCAUGGAAACACCGUUUACCUUCCCGCUGCAGUGGUACCUAUUUAUCUACUUUCGCUGGCGUGCUUUCGGACUGCUAGGUUGGCAGGAGCUUGGGCAGAGCAACGGGAGCUCACUCUGUCACAGGGAUUCGAACCGCUGACCUUCCGAUUGGCAAGCCCAAGAAGCUCAGUCAUGCAACCCCAUAGUCACCUUUGAUUGGACUUAACCAUCCAGGGGUCCUUUACCGGUUUAGUAUAAUGAGUCCUGAACUAGGAAAACCUUCUUCACAUUUUACCUCGGCCAAGAACUCAAGAGAUGGACUUAAGCAACAAAUUAUUUUUCCACCAUAGCCAUGCAUCUUUAAUAGGGGUAUAGCAAUAAUUUUGGCUUUUGUAGAACAAACAAACGGAAAAAAACACCUUUAGAUAAUGUCUGUGAACUGCUUUAUAUGUUCAGGAAAAAAACAAUAUAUAAAUGCUAAGCAUUAUUUCACAUUUCACAGAAAGGCUCAGUGCAUUAGACUUGGGCAUAUAAUCAUUUAUUUGAGUUGACUGUGUUAACAAACUUCAUUUUGCACUCUUCUCCAGAGUAUUUAGACUGUUACAAAUUGAUUUUUAAACCGAGGUUUUCACUACACUGGGGUAAUAGAUGAGAAGAGCAUAUUAUAGGCCUUGGUUUGCUAUAUUUAAGGUAAUUCCAGGAAGGAGUGAAGAUUUUGAGUGUUACAGUUCGUCCCAAGACCUUCCAAAACAACAACAGGCCUCCUGCUGCAUUAUGGGAAAUGUGACCCCAGAGUACAGAAAUACAAGGGGGCGUCCAACUAAGUCAUUAUUCCAGUUUUACAAUUCUAAAAAAGAAGGCCUAUGCAUUAGCUCAUAAUUCUUGGAUUAUUAUUUUCUUUGAUUUUUGAAAGAGACAAGUAAACCUACUACUAGGCUGUAGACUAGUUCCCAGAAGAGUAGCCCCUUGUCCACGGGGCCCAUUUAUCAGUUUUUUAACUAACUGUUUCCCCAUCUUUAGCAAAAUUUGUUGCGAAUAAACAGUAAUAGACACUGAUGAUGUUUCCUUUUGUUUCCAAUAUAGCAAGAUCUUGUUAGCACCAUUGGAGAAAGCGCUGCCUUGGGAGCUGCGGGAAUUGUUAUUUGGGGAGACAUGAAUUUAACGUCAUCUGAGGUAAACCCGUGCCUUGAUUCUUCCUUGAGGAUAUUAUUUAAUCUAGUAGACAGAAUUUCUAUUGUAUGCCAUUCGAUUUUAUUUUAUUUUAUUUUAUUUUAUUUACCUUUUGAGGUGCAGUUUAUCUGACAACUCAUCCAUAGCUAUGUCAAUAGCAUAUGGAAUUUAUUCUUGGCUGCUGCUAGGAUGCGUUCAUGGGUCACCAAUAGGAAGGAGAGAGUGGCUGAGUCUAGGAGCUGGAUCUAAGUUUUGAAUAACUGUUUCUGUUAAAGAAUUGGCAUGUCUUUUUGCCCAGAUGGACAGAUACUUGAAGUAAGAGAAGGCGACUUUCUUCUUAUAGUCAACAAGGCAGGUCAUCUGCAAUACAGUGGUACCUUAGUUCUCAAACUUAACCUGUUCCAGAAGUCCGUUCCAAAACCAAAGCGUUCCAAAACCAAGGUGCACUUUCCAAUAGAAAGUACUGCAAAAUGAAUAAGUCCGUUCCAGACUUUUAAAAACAACCCCUAAAACAGCAAUUUAACAUGAAUUUCACUAUCUAACGAGACCAUUGAUCCAUAAAAUGAAAGCAAUAAUCAAUGUACUGCACUAUAAAAUAAAUAAGACAGUAUUGUAGAUGAUGAAAAUGAAAAUUUUAUUUUUUUUCUUCCCUGCACUGAUGAUAGUCAUUGUUUGGAUGGGGGGCUUUUAUCCAUUUCUGCAGUCACACAAUCAAGCAAUCAAUCAACCAACCAACCAGUAGCUGAACUGGGUUCCACACAGUAACAAAAACAAAUUAACCAAAAAAGCCUCACAAAAAAUAACGCAAAAUAAAUAGCAAAAACAAAAGCACCAAACUUAAUCUGUUCUGGAAGUCCGUUUGACUUCCAAAAUGUUCAAAAACGAAGGCACACCUUCUGAUUGGUGUAGGCACCCUGGAAAAAAUAACCAACAACUGCAUUGGAUGUUCAACUUCCAAAAAUUGUUCAAAAACUGGAACACUUACUUCAGGGUUUUCGGAGUUUGAGAACCAAACUGUUUGAGUACCAAGGUAACACUUUUAUUGCUUCCUGCCUUGUUCCCCACUUCAACUAUUAAUUGUCCCCACUUCCCUUUCUCCCAUAUAUCAUCUGUUAUCUAUUAGUUUGCUUAGUUUGGAUUGAUUUUUCCAGCCCUAUCUUCUAGAACAAAGGACGCGGGUGGCGCUGUGGGUUAAACCACAGAGCCUAGAACUUGCUGAUCAGAAAGGCAGCGGUUCGAAUCCCUGUGACGGGGUGAGCUCCCGUUGCUCAGUCCCUGCUCCUGCCAACCUAGCAGUUUGAAAGCACGUCAAAGUGCAAGUAGAUAAAUAGGCAUCGCUCCAGCGGGAAGGUAAACGGCGUUUCCGUACGCUGCUCUGGUUCGCCAGAAGCGGCUUAGUUAUGCUGGCCACAUAACCCGGAAGCUGUACGCCGGCCCCCUUGGCCAGUAAAGCAAGAUGAGUGCCGCAACCCCAGAGUCAGCCACGACUGGACCUAAUGGUCAGGGGUCCCUUUACCUUUACCUAUCUUCUAGAACAGAGGUAGGCAGCCUAUGGUCCACCAGAUGUUGUUGGGCUCCAACACUCACCAGCAUGGCCAAUGGCCAUGGAUUAUGGGCCUUGUAGUCCAGCAAUAUCUAGAGCAGUGUAUCUCAAACUUGGGUCUCCAGCUGUUGUUGGACUACAACCCUCAUCAUCCUUAACCAUUGGUCCUGCUAGCGUCCAGAGGCAGCGUUGUUGUUGCUGUUGUAGGAUUUUCAUCCCACUCUUCCAAAGAAGCCUAGAAUAGCAAACAAAAAACCCAAUAAAAACAGCACCUUUUAAAAAUACAGUGGUACCUUGGGUUAAGUACUUAAUUCGUUCCGGAGGUCCGUUCUUAACCUGAAACUGUUCUUAACAUGAAGCACCACUUUAGCUAAUGGGGCCUCCAGCUGCCGCAUGGCCGCCAGAGCACAAUUUCUGUUCUCAUCCUGAAGCAAAGUUCUUAACCUGAGGUACUAUUUCUGGGUUAGCGGAGUCUGUAACCUGAAGCGUAUGUAACCUGAAGCAUAUGUAAUCCGAGGUACCACUGUAUACACAACCCCCCCAAUACCUCGCAAGUAAUAAUUUCAAAGCUGUCAGAAACAAUCUCUGUCAGCCAACAAACCCUAGUGAAGAGGAAUGGCUUCGAUUUCUGCCUAAAUGUUACAAUGCACCUUCCCAGCAUUCUGUAAGUGGGGCCCGCUACCAAGAAGGCCCUGUUGUGGGUCAAUCAAUGUCAUGGGCUCCGACUUGAGCCCCAAGUUGUGUGUGCCCAGCGGCGCGUGACGUGACAUCAUGACAUCAUGUUGUGCCGUGAUGUCAUGACAUCAUGCGCACCACAGCAGUGCCUGGUGACCCUGGAAGCCAUAUUGGAGGCCCCGUGGUGUGGGUGCUGAUGGGACGCGGGUGGUGCUGUGAGUUAAACCACUGAGCCUAGGACUUGCUGAUCAGAACGUCGGCGGUUCGAAUCCCUGUGAUGGGGUGAGUUCCCGUUGCCCGGUCCUUGCUCCUGCCAACCUAGCAGUUUGAAAGCAUGUCAAAGUGCAAGUAGAUGAAUAGCUACCACUCCAGCGGGAAGGCAAACGGUGUUUAUGUGCGCUGCUCUGGUUCGCCAGAAGCGGCUUAGUCAUGCUGGCCACAUGACCUGGAAGCUGUACGCCGGCUCCCUCGGCCAAUAAAGCGAGAUGAGCGCCGCAACCCCAGAGUCGGUCAGGACUGGACCUAAUGGUCAGGGGUCCCUUUACCUUUACCGUGGGUGCUGAGCACCCAGAACAAAAUAUUUUGUGGCUGCUUGUGUCCCAGGGACCCCCUAUAGUUUAAGGUUACCAGAUUUUUUUCAAUGAAUCCGGGGACACUUUUCAACUUCAGUUGAAGGGGAUGGAUUUUGUCAGGGACUGAUUUGUAAAUCCAGGGCCUGUCCCCGGGAAACGGGGAAGUCUGGGAACCUUACUAUAGUUGGCACCAGUGAUCAAUGCCAUCUAGUCAGCAACUAUUGGUGGCACCCCCAAUAGGCUCCUCCUGCCAAUUCUAAGGCUCAAAAUCAUAAGACCUGAGCUUACAGUGGUACCUCAGGUUACAGACGCUUCAGGUUACAGACUCCGCUAACCCAGAAAUAGUAUCUCGGGUUAAGAACUUUGCUUCAGGAUGAGAACAGACCUCCAGAAUGAAUUAAGUUCUUAACCCGAGGUUUCACUGUAUAGCAUAAGGCUCCUAUAGUUUUUAUACGUGAGUAGAUGAGAACAAGUGCAGCUUGUCAUUCAGUAGUGGUUGCAGGGGUACAAAAAAUAAAAAAACAACAACACAAGAUAGUAAAAACAAAACAAAACCUUAAGUAUUGAACAGUACUGAACAGCAAAACACCUAUGACAUAACCAAACCAAAUCAGUGUAAUCUUUGUCUAAUGAGAAAUCAUACUUUCCAUUUAUGUCCCGCCCUUACCCACCCUCCAUUGUGUUUUAUUCUGCACUUUUCAUAAUGUUCACAAUGAACAUAACUAGACUUCCAUCUUCAGAAUUGCCUAGGAAAGGAAAUUUCAGUAGCCGCAGCUUUCCUCACCCUUUAAUGCCAAGCCUUGCCUGCCAAAAUCAUUUCUUCUCCUCAGCUGCUAAGGAAUCAGGAGACUUGCGCUUCCUUAUGUAAGAGCAUCCGAUUGGCAGGAGAAACGUCAAAUUCAUCUGGAAAGGCAUUGUUAGAAAUCGAAACAUUCCUACUGAUCUCAUGAGCUUUUGAGGUGUUAUGCAAUAUAGGCACCAUUAUACUAUGCUGAGGGAGGCGCUGUGGGUUAAACCACUGAGCCUAGGGCUUGCCGAUCAGAAGGUCGGCGGUUCGAAUCCAGCGAUGGGGUGAGCUCCCGUUCCUCGGUCCCUGCUCCUGCCAACCUAGCAGUUCGAAAGCACAUCAAAGGGCAAGUAGAUAAAUAGGGGAGGUAAACGGCAUUUCCGUGCGCUGCUCUGGUUCGCCAGAAGCGGCUUAGUCAUGCUGGCCACAUGACCCGGAAGCUGUACGCCGGAUCCCUCAGCCAAUAAAGCGAGAUGAGCGCCUCAACCCCAGAGUCGGUCACGACUGGAUCUAAUGGUCAGGGGUCCCUUUACCUUUACCUUUAUACUAUGCUGAAUUGAUGUUAAUUGAGAAGGGCAUGCCUUCACACAAUUUGCAACCUCUUAUUUUUCUUCUUGCUCCAUCAAGGUCAACUGCACAAAGGUGAAACAAUUCGUUGCUUCCGAGUUGGGCUUCUACAUCAUCAACGUAACCAAAGCAGCCGAGGUGUGCAGCUGGCAUCUUUGUCACAACAACGGGAGGUGUGUUCGAAGGAACUGGAAAGCCUUAGAUUACCUCCAUUUAAAUCCUCAGAACUUCCAAAUAGAAGCAUCAGGCGGCCUGGGCUUUACUGUGAGAGGGGAAGCAUCGCCUGUUGACCUUCAAAUAAUGGCAGAGAAAUUCGCCUGCCAUUGUUACCAAGGGUUUGAAGGUGCUGAUUGCAGGGAAAUGAAGACUACGGGCAGCCAACCAGGACAUUCUGCCAAUUUACUCCCAUCUGGAAUAGUAGUUGUGAUAAAUUUGACUUCUUUACUCUUUUUAAUGCCUGAGACUUCCGUCCUAAGAGUCAAAUUGCAAUGA